CUGUUGAUUCAGUCUUUCCCUUCACCAGAAAUCUUCCCAUGCUACGUCCCCACCAAACCCAAAGAGAAAAAGUUACAAGCGAGGAUAUUUCAGUAAAUUCAAGCACACCUAGUUGAAGUGAGAAAAGCCGAACAAAACGACGACGGUUUAAACAGACGCCGACGACCCUACAUAAAAUUAUGCUAAUAGUACACCAUCACUUCAAUCCUUUCAUCUUCCGACACAUCUCUUACCGUCGAUUCUGUCUACAAAAAACGGGUCCCACCUUAUCACCACCGACUGUCACCACUACAAAUCUAAACGCCCUGUUAUUCUAUCUCUCUCCCUUGAUACCAAAGCCACAAACUCACAGCAAAAACCAGCCUUUUAAUUUCAAUUCACAUAAAUUAAAAUAAUAAUAACACAUAAAUAGAGUAAUUGUUCUUUUUCUCUUUUUUCUUCUUCUUCUUCAACCUGGCGCAGCCUUCACUCACUAUGAAACAAAAACUCGUUUAAAAUUGCAGACAAAUCAAAACACAAACCCUAAUUCCCAAUUCGUGAACGUGGAAGCUUCAGAAAUGGUUUCUCUGGAAGAAUCUCGCUCUGAUUCGAACCGUUUCCCUUUAUCACGAAGCUACCAGUAUCACUCCUCUGUUUCCUCCAAAACGCAGCGUAACAUAGGAAGAUCCAUGCGAACCAUACGAUCAAGUAUCUUCCAAGAUGAUAACAGCAGUUGCACGUUUACCGAGAGGUCCACGUGUGUAUCGGAAAAUCUCACCGAUUCCGUCGUCGACCUCCGUCUCGGCGAACUCGCUUCCCGGAACAACAAAUCCGUUAAGUCAUCUACAACAGAGCAGGACCUUCUUGAUCUCUCACAAGCCUUCAGUGAAUUCUCCGCUUGUAGCAGCGAUAUCUCCGGUGAACUACAACGGUUAGCGACUUUACCAUCGCCGGAAUGUAACCAAAUAAGCGACACCGGUGGAGAUGGUGAGCAGGAACCUGAACCGGAGCCUUGCAUGGGGUUUUUACAGAGGGAUAAUUUCUCAACGGAGAUUAUUGAAAGUAUUUCGCCGGAGGAUCUUCAACCGACAGUGAAACUCUGCAUCGACGGCCUUCAGUCUUCAUCGGUGGCUGUGAAACGAUCAGCGGCGGCGAAACUGAGAUUACUUGCCAAGAAUCGCGCCGAUAAUAGAGUUUUGAUCGGAGAAUCCGGCGCGGUUCCUUUUCUCGUUCCUUUGCUUCGAUGCAGCGAUCCGUGGACUCAAGAACACGCAGUAACAGCGCUUCUGAAUCUUUCACUUCACGAAGACAACAAGAAGCUGAUAACAAAUGCCGGAGCCGUGAAGUCGUUGAUUUACGUGCUGAAAACAGGAACUGAAACUUCGAAGCAAAACGCGGCUUGUGCGCUUCUAAGCUUAGCUUUGGUUGAGGAAAACAAAAGCUCAAUCGGAGCUUCAGGUGCGAUUCCACCGUUAGUUUCGCUUCUUCUUAACGGUUCCAACAGAGGGAAAAAAGACGCGCUAACGACGCUGUACAAGCUUUGUUCUGUUAAGCAGAACAAAGAGAGAGCGGUGAGUGCUGGCGUGGUGAAACCUCUGGUGGAGCUAGUGGCGGAGCAAGGGAAUGGUAUGAUGGAGAAAGCAAUGGUGGUGUUGAAUAGCUUAGCGGGGAUUGAGGAAGGGAAGGAUGCGAUUGUUGAAGAAGGUGGAAUUGCGGCUCUUGUUGAAGCCAUUGAAGAUGGGUCUUUGAAAGGAAAGGAAUUUGCUGUUUUAACUCUUUUGCAGCUUUGUGCUGACAGUGUUACCAACAGAGGGUUACUUGUUAGAGAAGGUGGGAUUCCUCCUCUUGUUGCUCUUUCUCAGAAUGGAACUCCUCGAGCUAAGCAUAAGGCUGAGACACUCCUUCGAUAUUUGAGAGAAUCAAGACAAGAAGCAUCGACUUCAACUUCUUAGAGAAGUAAUUGCAUAUUUGAGUUAUUAGUUAGGAAGGUAAUUAUACAAUGUAAUUGAUUAUUAUUAUGUAUAUAGUGGUUUGGCUGGUUUGUACAGUGUGGCAAACAUAUUUAGAAGGAUGUUUAUGGAAGUUAGAAGAAGCUAGCAAUCUAAAACACUAUAUAGGCUGACCCUUUAGAUGCAUGAAUAUAGCUAGGUUUGGCAUUUUGCUUUCCCUUGUUUCAAUUUGUUGUGUUUCCUGGUUUGACACAUGGUUGUCUUUGAGUUUUGGGUUGAUUAGGUUUUUAAAAAUGUAUUUCUUAUAGAUGACCCCUAGUUUUAUGAAAAAGGGUUUCUGAUUUUAUCAUUGUAUGUUUUAUGUACUUCCCGCAUGUUGCGAAAGUGUGGAGUUAGUACUAUUGUAUCUGUGUGCAUAAUUUCCAUUUGGAGCUUGAGUUU